AUGGCUAGGAACAGGUUCUUACCGAAGCCUUUGGAAGGUCACCAAAUCUUCCGAGACAAAGACGGCCGUUGCGUCAUGAGUGGUCACCGAGCCGAGUUUGAAUUGAAGCUUCAUGAGGCACUCAAAAUGCGGGCUGUUCUUGACGCGCAAUGGCAUUGCCUGAACAUAUGGGCCAUGUCGGGAGCUGCAGUGGACUUUGCACUCGCGAAGCCGGAAGAUUUUGAGCCAGACUAUUGUGGCGAUCCCUUAGAAGAAGGUGUUUUUCUUACGUCUGAGCAAAAAAUGGACAUCGAGGGCUUCCUCAUUGCGCGCGUCAACCGGGCCGGCGAGAUUGAGCAGGACUGGCUGCCGCAGUUUCGACGCGAUGCGGCGGCCCUGCGCGCGCUGUUCAGGCCUCCUCCCAAGAUGAAGCGGGCGGCUUGCGGCCAUUUCUUCUGCAGUUCGAGAUUGGAGGCAUGCUCCUCCUCGGCGCCGUCCUCGAGGUCGGUCAACCUCCUCCGUAGCUUCAAGCCAUCGCCAAUUAACCCUGCCACACCAGAUCGCGAGCUUCACGGCUUCUCUGGGCGCGCCGCUCAUCCUACACCCGGCUGGACGAGCUGCGUGGGCUUCGCGCUGGUGUUUGCCAUCUUCAUCUCGCAGACGAGCUUGGGCAGACGUCUUGGCAAGUCGAUCGGUAGCUACAUCACGCACAACGACAGACGCAUCGGCUUUUUGCGAGACAUGCUCAACAAUGUCAAGAGUGUCAAGGCGAGCACCAUGGAGGAUCUGUUUCAAGACAAAAUCACCGCGGCUCGCAAUGAUGAGCUUGGAGUGUUGCGUUACUACCUGACAACCUCGUUUGCCAUGUUUACCGCCAUCAACCAAACGACGCCGUACCUUGCAGCUUGCGCCUCCUUUUUGACAUAUGCCAUGGCCGCGUCUGAGUCACAAGUCAAUUCCAAAGAUUCCUCUGACAGCUCGUCUGCCGCCACCACUUUUGACUGUGCCUCGUUUGAAUGGCCCUGCCAGGGAGAUGCCACCCCAACCUCGCUCCAAGUCGGAAGCCUCGAUAUUCCCCGCGGCAAGACAACGAUCGUAAUUGGACCUAAUGGGUCCGGAAAAUCGUCGCUACUACAAUCAAUACUCGGUGAGAUGAUAAUUUCCAACGGCUCAUGUGUCGUCAAUGGCUCCGUGGCAUAUUGCUCUCAAGACCCAUGGAUUCUCUCAGGCGACCUCGGCGACAGCAUCGUCUUCAACAGUACUAGAGGAUUUGAUCGUCAAAGCUUCUGGCAAGAAGAAGAGCGUGCCCGCGGCGCAGUCCGCUUCUCAGUCCUGGACUUCUACAUACGUCAGUCCGGUGGCACUGCGCACGCUGUCGCCGUCGCGUUCAUGACCUGUAUGCUCACUGCCGCCAAGGUGGUCUCGCAAUACUGGUUCGUGUGGUGGAUCGCCGACACGUUUAGCCUCGCACAGAGCCAGUACAUGGGCAUCUUCCUUGGGCUGACACUGUUCCAAGGCUUCGUCCACCGCCGUGGUCGGGAUAACGCUCGUGCUCCUCUGUGGUUCUUUCAGCAGAACCCAACGGGACGUAUUCUGAAUCGCAUGUCGCGAGACUUGGAUUCGAUGGACAGCAGACUGAUGAACGCCAUCGACCGACUGCUUGCUGCGGGGACCACAAUGCUGGCUUCAGUAACGAUUGUAGCGUCGUAUGGCGUCUAUUUAUUUGGUGCUGUUGUCCCACUCCUGAUCAUUGUCGGCUGGUGUCUCCAACGAUUCAGAGUUGCCGCGCGAGAACUUCAAAGCCUCGACUCUGUCCUGCAGUCUCCUGCGCUCUCCAUUGCCAGCGAGUCUCUGCGCGCAACUUCCUCCGCUCGCGCUUACGGGGCUAUCCCAUUCCUCGUCCGCCGCCAUGGUCGCGCCCUCGAUCGUCUCGCCUCCUCCAAAAAUAUCCCGCUCCUCGCUCGACACCUGGUUCUACUCGUUCUCGCGCAGCUCACCGUGCACGGCGUGUUUCCCCAUGUCAGCGCCAGUCUCGCGCUUGGCACGGCGACGACCCUUGCGCGCAACGUCUACCUGCUCGCCUGGGCUGCCACGGAUCUGGACAUUCAGCUCAACUCGGUAGAGCGCCUGCAGACUUACGGCGCGUGGCAGGACCUGCCCGCAUCCACCACCGUCAUCACGAUUGCGCACCGUGCCAGCUCCCUGGCUUGGAUGGACCGCGUGCUUGUCAUGGACGCCGGCAGGCUCGUCGAGGACGGCAGGCCGCGGGAUCUGCUCUCAGACGGUGCCAAGGGGUAUUACCGAGCCGCCAUUGAAAAGGACGGGCCCAAGGCGAUCCAAGCGGCGCUGCAAGUGGCCGUUGAAUGGGACAAUAAACGCAACAGCGCGAUAUGA